GAUGAUUCCAGUAAAUGCAGAGAGAAGCAGCCAGUUCAGACUUUGUUUUAACUGUAACGAGCAGAGGGAGGAAACGUGAAGUCUGAGGUUGACUGAAGAUGAGUGGUUAUGAUGAGGAGGAAGAGGACAGAGCAGAGUCUCCAGGGUUCAGCUGUGUAUCUCUGAAGAGUGACCGGUCCAUGGAACCUCCUAUCCUCUUCAGGAAUGAACCCGGACCUUCACACACAAAAGGUCAGGACCACAGACUGAGAGCAGAGUCUCCAGGGUCCAGCUGUCUGUCUCUGAAGAGUGACUGGUCCAUGGAACCUCCUAUAUUCUUCAGUAAUGAACCUGGACCCUCACACACAGAGGAGAGGAGGAGGAGUCAUGUUUCUGAGGAGGAGCAGUCGUCCUGCUGUGCUUCGUGUCAGGACGUCCUGAAGGAUCCAGUCUCCACCAGCUGUGGACACUGGUUCUGCAGACAGUGCAUCACCUCAUACUGGGACCAGUCUGGUUCUUCUGGAGACUCCUCCUGUCCCCAGUGUGGACAAACAUCCAGUAGAGGAGCUGGAGGUCAGUCAGCCGGUCAGAGUUCUUGUCUUUCAGCAGAUCGUGGUCUGCAGGAGGUUUCAGAUGAACAUAAGCUCAGUCUGAGGGGGAGAUGUGAACAUGUGACUGAAGGAAGUGAUGAAACAGGAAGUAGAACCCUCCUCAACAGGAUAUACACUGAGCUCUACAUCACAGAUGGACAGAGUGAAGAGGUUAAUACUCAACAUGAGGUGAGGCAGCUUGAGACGGCUUCCAAGAUGAAGAUCCUCCACGACACUCCCAUCAAGGUCCACGACAUCUUUAAAGCCUCCACUGACCAGCAGAGCAGCAUCAGAGUCGUCCUGACCAACGGAGUUGCUGGAGUUGGAAAAACCUUUUUGGUGCAGAAGUUCAGUCUUGACUGGGCAGAGGGUUUAGAAAACCAGGAUGUGGGUCUGCUGACUGUGCUUUCGUUCAGGGAGCUGAACCUGGUGAAGGACCAGCAGCACAGUCUUCUCACGCUGCUCCAUGUUUUCCAUCCAGCGUUACAGAAGCUCACGGCAGAGACGCUCACUGUCUGUAAACCUUUGUUCAUCUUUGACGGCCUGGAUGAAAGCAGACCAUCUCUGGACUUCAACCACAGGGAGCUUGUGUCUGAGGUCACACAGAGGUCAUCAGUCAAUGUGCUGCUGACAAACCUCAUCCGGGGGAAUCUGCUUCCCUCGGCUCUCGUCUGGAUAACCUCCAGACCUUUGGCAGCCAAUCAGAUCCCUCCUACAUGUGUUGACAGGGUCACAGAAGUACGAGGCUUCACUGACGCCCAGAAGGAGGAGUACUUCAGGAGGAGAUUCAGUAAUGAGGAGCUGUGCAGCAGAAUCAUCUCACACAUCAAGACGUCCAGAAGCCUCCACAUCAUGUGUCAAAUCCCAGUCUUCUGCUGGAUCAGUGCUACAGUUCUGGAGCACAUGUUGACCACAGACCAGAGAGGAGAGCUGCCCAAGACCCUGACUGACCUGUACUCACACUUCCUGCUGGUUCAGACAAAGAGGAAGAACAACAAGUACGGUGAGGGACAUGAGACGUCUCCACAGCAGCUGACGGAGGCUGACAGGGACGUUCUCCUGAAGCUGGGGAGGCUGGCACUCAAACAUCUGGAGGAAGGAAACAUCAUGUUCCACCAAGAAGACCUGGAGCGGUGUGGUCUUAAUGUCCCAGAGGCCUCAGUGUACUCAGGAGUUUGUACUGAGAUCUUCAGAAGAGAGUGUGUGAUCUUCCAGAAAUCAGUCUACUGCUUUGUUCAUCUGAGCGUUCAGGAGUUUCUGGCUGCAGUCUACAUGUUCCACUGUUACACCAAGAGGAACACAGAAGAACUCAACAACUUCUUAGGAAUAUAUGGGGACACAGACAGUACCUUCUCCCUGGAUGACCUCCUGAUGAGAACCAUGGAGAAAUCCCUCACCAGUACAAAUGGUCAUCUGGACCUGUUUGUUCGCUUCCUUCACGGCCUCAGUCUGGAGUCCAACCAGAGAGUCUUAGGAGGCCUGCUGGGUCGGACAGGGAACAAUCCAAAGAUCAUCCAGAGAGUCUUAGGAGGCCUGCUGGGUCGGACAGGGAACAAUCCAAAGAUCAUCCAGAGAGUCAUCAGCAACCUGAAGGAGAUGCAGAGUGAUGACAUUUCUCCUGACAGAAGCAUCAACAUCUUCCACUGUCUGACUGAGAUGAACGACCACUCAGUUCAUCAGCAGAUGCAACAGUUCCUGAUGUCAGAGAACAGAUCGAAGGAGAAACUCUCUGAGAUCCACUGCUCAGCUCUGGCCUACAUGCUGCAGAUGUCAGGGGAGGUUCUGGAUGAGUUGGACCUGAAGAAGUUCAACACAUCAGACCAGGGUCGACGGAGACUGAUCCCAGCUGUGAGGAACUGCAGGAAGGCUCGACUCGGUGGUUGUGAACUCUCAGAGACUCACUGUGAAGUUGUGGCCUCAGCUCUGAAGUCAGACCCCUCACAUCUGAGAGAACUGGAUCUGAGUGAUAACUACCUGAAGGACUCAGAAGUGAAGCUGCUGUGUUCGGGACUGGAGAGUCCAAACUGUCGACUGGAGACUCUGAGAUUGAAGAGCUGCAGUCUGUCAGAGAUCAGCUGUUCUUCUCUGGCUUCAGCUCUGAGGUCAAAUCCCUCUCAUCUGAGAGAACUGGAUCUGACUGAAAACGACAUGCAGGACUCAGGAGUGAAGGAGCUGUGCAGUUUUCUACAGAGUCCAACCUGUCGACUGGAGACUCUGAGGUUGAAGGACUGCAAUCUGUCAGAGAUCAGCUGUUCUUCUCUGGCUUCAGCUCUGAGGUCUAACCCCUCUCAUCUGAGAGAACUGGAUAUAAGAGGAAACAACAACCUGCAGGACUCAGGAGUGAAGGAGCUGUGUGGUUUUCUACAGAGUCCAACCUGUCGACUGGAGACUAUGUGGUUGGAGAGAUGCAGUCUGUCAGAGAUCAGCUGUUCUUCUCUGGCUUCAACUCUGAGGUCAAACCCCUCUCAUCUGAGAGAACUGAAUCUGAGUAACAAUGACCUGCAGGACUCAGGAAUGAAGGAGCUGUGUGGUUUUCUACAGAGUCCAACCUGUCGACUGGAGACUCUGGGGUUGUUUCUCUGCAGACUGACAGAGAUCAGCUGUUCUUCUCUGGCUUCAGCUCUGAGGUCAAACCCCUAUCAUCUGAGAGAACUGGAUCUGAGCUUCAACGUCCUGCAGGACUCAGGAGUGAAGGAGCUGUGUGGUGUUCUACAGGGUCCAAGCUGUCGACUGAAGACUCUGAGGUGGGAGAGCUGCAGUCUGUCAGAGAUCAGCUGUUCUUCUCUGGCUUCAGCUCUGAUGUCAAACCCCUCUCAUCUGAUAGAACUGGAUCUGAGUGGAAACAGGCUCCAGGACUCAGGAGUGAAGGAGCUGCUUGAUCUACAGAAAAGUCCAACCUGUCGACUGGAGACUGUGAGAUGGUGAUCUUUGUUGAGCUGAGUGUGAAGAGGACAGUGUGUGUGGAUGGAGGCUGAGCUGUGUCCUGAGGAUCCAGAGGCUGAAGCAGCAGCAGCUUGUGUGUAGAGCGGCUCUGACUGGGCCUUGUUACUGGGAGGCAGAGUGGAGACAGAGCUCAAGAGGAAUCAGAGGAGGUGAGCUGCUCUGAGAUCAGCUGUCACACAGAGUCCAGUCCACCAUCCUCCCUGUUUGGCACAGCAUCAUCAGUGGAUCUGCUGCUGCUCUUUCCUUUGACUCAGUGUCUGCAGACACACUCACCCUCCUCCACUCUUUUAUUCACUCACAUAUUCUGAACACAAACACUCUAGAGUCUGUAGUGAUUUGUCUUGUGUGUUUUCUUGGUCUAAUGUUUAAAAAUGUAUUUACGGAAAUAAAAAAAGAUACCAAACAUCAGCAAGGUGAAACUAAAUUUAACAUGGCAUUUAAAACUAACCGCAGUAGCCGAGGACUCAAAAGGAUUCAGGCAUGUUCCUAUUAUAUCAGGACGACAAUCAACGACAGGAAGUCAAGACAGAAAAGACACACAAGGAACAGAGACUACAAAAUAAAACAGGAAACAGAAAACACAAAGACUGAAAUCGACAAACUAAAAUGACAGAACAUUACACCAUGGUUCAAAGUUACUGUUCAAACUGCUCUAGCGCCACCUCCAUGUCAGCCUGCAAACUCUCCACAUCACCUCCCAUUGUGCCUGUUUUUUGUAAAUAACUAAAUUUCCUAAUUUUUGAAAAUGUUUUUGCAAAAUCAAACACUUUGAGAUUUCCAUCUUAUUAAGACAAUAAAUUGUAUAUGUACUGAUUACACACAUCUUUUAGAUAAUCAGAGGGAGUCAGGUGAAUGAACUGAUCUGAAUCCAGCAGUAUGUGGAGCUCUUUAUUUAUUUAUUGGAGUUCAAUAGAGCAAAGCUGUUUUUAUUUUGUGGGAACAUUUGGUUCAAGCAGAGAAGAAACAACCAAACUUUGAUUUGGUUCAAUUAUGGAUGACAGAAAAUACAAGGAGACCCCGGUGGAGCGUUAUAGAUGCUAAAGAUGAUUUGUAUUAUACAAAUGUACAUUUGCAUUUUCAAUAAAUAUUUCCUUUUGAAAAACU